GGAAUACUUAAAUUAACCAUUUACGAUCGAAAAUUGAAAACUAAGCGAAAGGAAAGAAAUAUCAGGCCCUUAGAGAAAAGGAAAGAUUAUGGGAAUCGUGGAAGAGGCUCAUAACGUGAGAAUAGUUGGAAAAGGAAACGAAAUUGUGAUUCUGGCUCAUGGGUUUGGCACAGACCAAUCGGUGUGGAAGCACCUGGUGCCGCAUCUGGUCGAUGAUUACCGUGUGAUUCUGUACGACAACAUGGGCGCUGGUACAACAAACCCUGAAUACUUCGACUUCGAACGAUACUACACAAUCGAUGGUUUUGUCUAUGACCUUCUCGCCAUUUUGCAAGAGCUUCAAGUGCAAUCUUGCAUCUUCGUUGGUCACUCUCUUUCCGCUAUGGUCGGCCUCCUCGCUUCAAUCUCCCACCCUCAUCUCUUCACUAAGCUCAUCCUCGUCUCUGCCUCUCCAAGGUUUCUGAAUGAUUCGGAAUAUUUUGGAGGGUUCCAGCAAGAAGAUCUGAGGGAACUAUACGAGGGAAUUCGAUCGAACUACAAAGCGUGGUGUUCGGGGUUCGCUCCGCUGGUGAUAGGUGGCGACAUGGAGUCGGUGGCGGUGCAGGAGUUCAGCAGAACCCUAUUCAACAUGAGGCCCGACAUAGCCCUGAGCCUGGCCCAGACCAUAUUCCAGUUCGACCUGAGGCCCAUUCUGGGCCACGUGACGGUGCCGUGCCACAUCAUUCAGAGCACUAAGGACUUGGCCGCACCCGUUGUUGUGGCCGAAUAUCUGCAACAGAACCUCGGCGGCAAGACCAUCGUCGAGGUCAUGCCCACCGAGGGUCACUUGCCGCAGUUGAGCUCGCCGGACGUCGUCGUUCCGGUGCUGCUCAACCACAUCCACCACGAUUUGGCGGAGGUAAAAUAGAACACUCUCUCUUUUGGGACGUCAAAAUAGUGGAAAUCAAUUUUACCACUUUUAAGUGAAUCACCCUAAAAAAGCCCUAAAUAACACGUUAUACCUUUCGUCUCGCCCUUACGGUGUCGUUUCCUUCUUUUUUUUUUUUUUUUAACUUUUUAUUGCCAAAACAGCCCUACAUAGUACUGUGUAAUAAGAUCUAAAUUAUUACCAUGGAUGCAUGGAAAGGAAAUCUAAGACAGUAAAUCUAGAAAGAAAAAAAAUAUCUGUUGUCUA